GCCGCCAGACGAUGGGGUGGCCUUUUUGAAUUUCCCAUUUCCACCUCACCACCCCAGGUGUGGUGAAUUUGCGUGCCCAACAACCCUGUUCUUUGGUCCCUGCAUAUUUGCGAACUGGAAUAACGGUCACACAUAUCCGCUAACCAUUUGUUUACAAAACUUGUUAUUUGUUUUCAUUUUGAAAAUAUUGAAAUGUCGGAGUUUGACACGCGACUUAUAGAGUUGGUGAGGGCCAAUCCCAAGCUCUAUGAGCGGGAACUAAGGAGCACGCCCUAUGAGGCCAAUAAAAAGCGGAAUACGGAAAUCUGGCGCAGCAUAUCCACUUCCUUGAAUACAGAUGCUUGUGCCUGUCUUAGUCGGUGGAACUAUCUGGCGGCCAAGCACCGACGGGAGUUGUCCAAAGAAAAGGCCGGAGGUGCUGGCUCCGAUUGGAGCCUCCUGCCUCAACUACAUUUCCUACAACAUCAUCACCACCCAAUAAAUCAUCGAAAUUCGGGAGAUGUGAGUAGAAGCUCCAUGAAAUCCAUCGAGGAAGUCAACGACGAGGAGGAUCCGCUGCAGGAGGCCAUGGAUGAGCAGUUGGCUGUGGCGGGAGCCCCUCCACCAGCACCCACAAAUCCUGCUGCUGCCGCUCCAUCAGCUGCUCCCGCUAAAACGGAAAAGAGGAUCGAGGCAUUGCUCGAAGGACUCGGAGAAGCAAAUCGUAUCAAGGCGGAGAAAAGGAUUCUGGCCUACCUUUGCAAAUGCAAUCUGCGCGCCCUCAACGAAGAGCAAAUCGAUGAUAUAGUUAUUUAGGAAUUUUACAAUAUUAGGAUACAAGCAAGUCACUAUUUUCAUCUAGAAAUCAUUUGUAAAUUUGAUAUCUACUAGAAAUCAUCACACUAACUCUCUUAAAUUGAAACUAAAAAAUGAAUUGUAAUCAAAAUUAAGGAAAUGAUUUAACUAUAUACAUUGUUUUUUAAAAACAAAUUGAUUAUUGUAUGUCAACUUGCAUUGGAAAAUUUAAAGAAACCUAAUUUAAUGAAGUCAAAUCUCAAUUAAAAAAUGUAAUUUAAGCUAGAUUUACUUCAUCACAGCUUUCUUAAUUUACUGAUAAACAGAUAAUUCACAAGUUAAAAUAAUAGAUAACCAGUCUGCCACAGUUAAAUAUUAUACAAAAGCUUUAUUUAACUUUAUGCAAAAUUUUAAAUCAAACUUAUUAAAAUUAAACAUUUAAAUCAUUCUAUUGUCAUGUAUCUCAGAUGGUCUGCUAUUAAUAUUUAAACAUUAAGGUUUGCAUUUUGAGCCCUUUAAAAGUUUGUAACUCUACUAAUAUAUGAUUUCUAAUUGAGUCUGGGCUUGUUCAAAGUUAUUUGAAUUAUUGACACGAGAUUAGAUAUAUCACUGUAUCAGUUCGAAUAACAACUACCAAGUGUUAAGGUAACAAAGAAGUAUUUUAUGAACCUCAAGACAAAGCAUCAAAAUACAGAGAGAUUUGUAAACCAAGGACUUGGGGGAUAAUAUGGCAGUGCAAUAGGAAGCAAUCUGUAUGGCCAAAAAACUUUUGCUUGGCGA